GGGCAUAUAUUCACAUAUUUCCUUUUUUUUCUGAUAAUGAUUCCAACUCUGAUGUACGUGUUCCUGAAAGAGAAGAACAACAAGGUGAGGUUGAAGCUCGUGAGCCCGAUUAUUAACUGCAGCAUGCAGUUCUUCAAAUACACUAUCAUUCUUUGGCGAAGAAAAAAAAUCCAGGAAGGGUUACACGCGAUCAGACAUGAUUGGAUACAAGCCACGGAAGAGGAGCGAUUGAUUUUUCGCUCGAAAGCGAAGAUCGGAAGGAGGGUUGUCUUGAUCGCUGCGUUCACUAUGUAUGGCGGUGGUUUAUGCUAUCGGACGAUCCUUCCCCUUCUAAAGGGAACCAUUAUUACUGCUGACAAUGUUACUAUUAGACCGUUACCUUGUCCCAGUUAUUUCGUUCUUAUAAACGAGCAACAAUCGCCGAUUUACGAGAUAUUGUUUGUGCUACAAGUUAUGGCUGGAAUGGCAAUUUACGCUGUGAUCAGUGGUACCUGUGGUAUUUCCGCAUUAUUGGUCCUUCAUGCGUGCAGUAUGCUGAGGAUCCUAGUGAAUAAGAUAAAGAAAUUAGUGGAUAAAUCAGAUACGUGUGAAGUGGUGCUGCAAAGAAAGAUCAUGGAUAUUGUUGAAUAUCAAAUGAAAAUAAAGAGAUUUUUAAAAAACAUUGAAACAGUUACAGAAUACAUAUGUUUAAUCGAAAUGAUCGGUGGUACGUGUCUGAUCUGUCUUGUGGGUUAUUCUAUUCUAAUGGAAUUGGAGAAUAGUAAUACAAUGGCUGUCAUGGUUUAUAUCACGUUACAAAUAUCUAUCAUCUUCUGUGUUUUUAUACUUUGUUACAUUGGACAAAUGCUUGUAAACGAGAAUUACAUUGUAAGCCAAGCAUCAAGUACAAUAAAUUGGUAUCGCCUUUCGAUCAAAAAUAUGCGUUGCUUGAUAUUAAUUAUCGCUAUGUCUAAUUAUCCAAUGAAACUCAAAGCUGCCAAAAUGAUGGAAAUGUCUUUAACUACUUUCACCGAUGUUAUGAAAAUGUCAAUGGGAUACUUAAACAUAUUACGUGAAGUCAUUUAAAAUAUUAUUACUUACGCACAAGUUUCCCAUUAAAUAUUAUGUAGAAACAAUUUUAUAUCACAUAUUCUGGCUUUUUUAAUAAGAAAAGAACUCGGCAAUGUCCGAUGAUGUGUCUUCUUCACUUUGUGUACAAUUUAUUUUACAAUUUAUUUUAUUAUAUCUGAUCCAAAUACGUCUCCGACGUAUAAUAUAUUCGAAAAUUAUGCAACAUCGAAAAGAAAAAAUAAUGUUUCAAAUUUAUCCAAAAUUUAAAUAACUAUGAAGCGUGUCUCAAAGAUCGAACUGUAACUUUAUUAUACUUUACUCAUAUCCCUUCGAAGAGAAUAUGGUAAUCAUAUAUUCGUACCCGUUCUAUGAUUUUUUCCUUCGCUUUUGAAAAAUCAAUUUCUAAACUUAUGAUUAUCGUCAAUGAAAAUACACAAGGGGAAAACAAAUAGAACACUUCUUCUUUCUACUUUCCACUUCUAGUUUCUAACCUAACUGCGCAAGCGCAUGAUCCAAUCAAACUUUUCGAAUAAUUCGAUCAAUCGAUAGAACUGUCAUGAGUAAUAUUCUCGAAUCAUGAACGGGGGAAAGUUGAUGUUUGAGAAAAAAUGCCAAUUACAAAAAUGAUUUAAACUUUAACAUACAUAUGAAUAUUGAAAUUAGCCUUUGUACGAAAUCUCCAGAUUAUUCUUGGUUAGAAACG